CCGAGUUGUAGAAAGAGACCAUCAUCUAGGUUCAAGAAACCAAUAAGCACAGCCCAAGCUGCGCAUCCUCUGAUCUCACACCGGCCCAACCUUCCGGUGCUGGCCCAUUCAGCAUCAGGGACACCAACACCAACCUCCCCAAAUGGGCGGGCCAGAGCACAGUCCCCCCUCCUCCUAUGAACCUGAAUCACAGCCUAUAGUGUCUCCCAGCCCCUAAGGUUCUGUGUAUUAGGAGGUGAGCUGGGUGUGGGGGAGGUGAGCUGGCCAUUUGAAGAAAAUUGUGCAGUUUAGGGCAAAGGACCAUAAACAUCUGGCCUCAGGUAGACACCAAUUAAACACAUUUAGAAAGGAACGACAGCAGCUAAAAAGGCCAAGCCCAUAAAGGCUUCUAAUUGCUCCUGGUCACGUGGCUCUCAUGUAUAUAAAAGGGCUACAGAUGUCCAUGAAGGAAACAGCGAACCCACGUCCACUGCACCAGCCUUUUGGACGUCUCCAAGUCAGAGUCUCCUGUCCCCACUAAAAGCACCAUGACUUGUGGAUCUUACUGUGGUGGCCGGGCCUUCAGCUGCGCCUCAGCCUCCUGCGGGCCCAGGCCAGGCCGCUGCUGCAUAACCGCCGCCCCCUACCGCGGCAUCUCCUGCUACCGCGGCCUCUCAGGAGGCUUUGGCAGCCGCAGCGUCUGCGGGGCCUACCGCACCGGCUCCUGCGGCCGCAGCUUUGGCUACCGCUCAGGGGGCAUCUGCGGCCCCAGCCCGCCCUGCAUCACCAGCGUGUCGGUCAACGAGAGCCUCCUCACGCCCCUCAACCUGGACAUCGACCCCAAUGCGCAGUGCGUGAAGCACGAGGAGAAGGAGCAGAUCAAGUGCCUCAACAGCAGGUUCGCUGCCUUCAUCGACAAGGUGCGCUUCCUGGAGCAGCAGAACAAGCUGCUGGAGACCAAGUUGCAGUUCUUCCAGAACCGCGAGUGCUGCCAGAGCAACCUGGAGCCACUGUUUGAGGGCUACAUCCAGACGCUGAGGCGGGAGGCUGAGUGUGUGGAGGCCGAUGGUGGGAGGCUGGCCUCGGAGCUCAACCACGUGCAGGAGGUGCUGGAGGGCUACAAGAAGAAGUAUGAAGAAGAAGUUGCACUUCGGGCCACAGCAGAGAACGAGUUUGUAGCUCUGAAGAAGGACGUGGACUGCGCCUACCUGCACAAGUCAGACCUGGAGGCCAAUGCGGAGGCACUGACACAGGAGAUGGACUUCCUGAGGCGGCUGUACGAGGAGGAGAUCCGCAUUCUCCAGUCCCACAUCUCAGACACCUCUGUCAUCGUCAAGAUGGACAACAGCCGGGAGCUGAACAUGGACUGUGUUGUGGCUGAGAUCAAGGCUCAGUAUGAUGACAUUGCUACCCGCAGCCGGGCGGAGGCUGAGUCCUGGUACCGCACCAAAUGCGAAGAGAUCAAAGCCACAGUGAUCCGGCAUGGGGAGACCCUGCGCCGCACCAGGGAGGAGAUCAAUGAGCUGAACCGCAUCAUCCAGAGGCUGACAGCUGAGAUUGAGAAUGCCAAGUGCCAGAACACCAAGCUGGAGACUGCAGUGACCCAGUCUGAGCAGCAGGGUGAGGCUGCCCUCAACGAUGCCCGCUGCAAGCUGGCAGGGCUGGAGGAGGCCCUGCAGAAGGCCAAGCAGGACAUGGCCUGCCUGCUCAAGGAGUACCAGGAGGUCAUGAACUCCAAGCUGGGCCUGGACAUCGAGAUCGCCACCUACAGGCGCCUGCUGGAGGGCGAGGAGCAGAGGCUGUGUGAAGGUGUUGGAGCUGUAAAUGUCUGUGUCAGCAGCUCCCGUGGUGGGGUUGUGUGUGGGGACCUCUGCGUGUCUGGCUCCAGGCCUGUGACGGGCAGCGUCUGCAGUGCCCCCUGCACUGGGAAUGUGGCAGUGAGCACUGGCCUGUGCGCACCAUGUGGAGGAGGUUCUGUCUGCCAGGGGAGGUUCUAAGUGGCCAGAAAAGAGAGAGCCAGGGAAGCUCCUCCCUUCUGCCCAAUGUGCCUCUGCCCCCAUCCCAGCUGAGAUCAGCAGUGCUUUCUUGGGUAGCUUUCCCCUUGUGUUCCAAGAAUACACCACUCAGCCCUCUCCACCAGUCACUGCUCUGCUGAAAAGGAGCAGCUGCCAGGAUGGACCCAUCCCUCCACAGCUGCAGGGCAUUCUCUUCCCAAACAUGGGGGGGUUCCUUCUUUCCAUGCCUCUCUUGCCUCUGGCUGUCCAUUUCCCAAUAAACUGGGGAACCUGC